CACCACUCCCAGUGUAAGUCGUCAGCGUAGAAGCUUAGGUGAGAGGCACCAAAACCCCCAAAGAGCCCUCGCCCUCUCCGUCUCUCUUGGACCGUCUGGUAGGGGCAGUACUGGUAGACUACCCCUCCCUCCACCUCCUCUCUCUCACCACUCUGUCUCUCUCUCUGAGCUGAGCUGUGAAGUUUGACGAGUUGGGUUUCUUCUGCUCUCCGCUUCUCAAGCGUUUUGACCUUGGCUCGCUCGCUGAGCUUCUCGCGCUUUCGGAGGAAGCUCCGUCGCGAAAUGACGAGAAUGCCACUGCCAUUAUUGAGCUCUGCGCCCAUGGAGGUCGUCUCCAUGUUCUUCAGCUGGUGGGACGAGAUCAACGAGUCCUCCCGGUGGCAGGACGGCAUCUUCUACGCUCUCUGCGCCGCCUACGCCCUCGUCUCCUCCGUCGCUCUGUUUCAACUAAUAAGGAUUGAAUUGAGAGUGCCGGAAUAUGGGUGGACGACACAGAAGGUUUUUCAUCUUAUGAACUUCAUCGUUAACGGAGUACGAGCAGUUGUUUUCGGAUUUCAUGGUCAAGUGUUUAGUUUGCACCCGAAGGUACUAAUAUUGGUCUUGCUGGAUCUUCCUGGACUGCUAUUUUUCUCUACAUACACGCUUCUUGUCCUCUUUUGGGCGGAGAUAUAUCACCAGGCGAGAAGUUUACCAACAGACAAGCUGAGGAUUGUUUAUAUAUCGGUCAAUGCUGUCAUGUACUUUAUACAGGUUUGCAUCUGGGUAUACCUCUGGAUAGAUGACAACAGUGUCGUGGAGUUCAUUGGAAAGAUAUUUGUUGCAGCCAUGUCAUUUGUGGCUGCACUAGGCUUCUUGAUAUACGGAGGAAGGUUAUUUUUCAUGCUGAGGCGCUUCCCCAUUGAAUCUAAAGGGAGAAGGAAGAAACUUCAUGAGGUCGGAUCCGUUACAGGCAUAUGUUUCACCUGCUUUCUCAUAAGAUGCUUUGUGGUUGUCCUUUCAGCUUUCGAUACAGACUUGUCACUUGAUGUUUUGGAUCACCCGGUUUUGAAUGUGAUCUACUACAUGCUGGUUGAGAUCCUGCCUUCAGCACUGGUCCUUUACAUCUUGCGCAAAUUGCCCCCCAAGAGAGUAUCGGCUCAGUAUCAUCCGAUCCGUUAGUAUGAUCCAUUUUUAUUCUUUUAUGUUAAUUUUGCCCCCCUAGGAUUAUUCUUUACGGAUAGGGAGUUUGGUGCAAAUGAAAUUGAUCGACAAGAGGAAAAGCCUGAAAAAAGUCCAGAUGUAGAAUUCUGGCUUGGCUCAUGCUGCCGGCAGUUUUUUUAGAUGCAUGUAUAUUACACAGCUCUGUAGAGCUAGCCAAGGGAAGAUGGUUAAAUUGAUUCGACGGUUAUUUUGACAGUUACGGUUUAUUCGAUCAACGUUGUGUCGAAAGGAAAUGUUCGUGUAAUUUUAUUGUUGUAGGUGUUGUUUCCAUUUGUUCUGAGUUCCACAUCAUGGUUAUGCUGAAGCUGAAUCGAUUUGUUCUCUUUUCCUCGGUAGACAAUUGAUGUGAAAUAAUGUAAGCAGGUCAUUUUUCA